CUCCUCUCGUGCUGCGCCAUCAACGUGCGCCCGGCGCGCCUAUUUGAGGGGAGUCCAGGCGCGCGCGUUUCCCUAGGAAGGCGAAAGCGUCCCCUCAGAGACGAAGGAAGGAAGGGAAGGAGGGCCUGAGGGGAUGUUCGUGGCGCGGAGCAUCGCGGCCGACCACCGCGACCUCAUCCACGAUGUCUCCUUCGACUUCCACGGGCGGCGGAUGGCGACCUGCUCCAGCGACCAAAGCGUCAAGGUUUGGGACAAAGGCGAGAAUGGAGAAUGGCACUGUACUGCAAGCUGGAAGACACAUAGUGGAUCUGUGUGGCGUGUGACGUGGGCACAUCCAGAGUUUGGACAAGUCCUGGCUUCCUGCUCUUUUGACAGAACAGCUGCUGUGUGGGAAGAAAUAGUUGGAGAAUCAAAUGAUAAACUUCGAGGGCAGAGUCACUGGGUCAAAAGGACUACUCUGGUUGACAGUAGAACAUCUGUUACUGAUGUAAAGUUUGCUCCCAAGCACAUGGGUCUCAUGUUAGCAACAUGUUCAGCAGAUGGAGUUGUUAGGAUCUAUGAAGCUCCCGAUGUUAUGAAUUUGAGUCAGUGGUCACUUCAGCAUGAAAUCUCAUGUAAACUAAGCUGCAGUUGCAUUUCUUGGAAUCCUUCAAGCUCUCGUGCCCACGCUCCAAUGAUAGCCGUAGGAAGCGAUGACAGCAGCCCAAAUGUAUUGGCCAAAGUGCAGAUUUAUGAAUAUAAUGAAAAUACCAGGAAGUAUGCAAAAGCAGAAACUCUUAUGACAGUUACAGAUCCUGUGCAUGAUAUAGCAUUUGCUCCAAAUCUGGGAAGAUCCUUCCAUUUAUUGGCGGUAGCUACCAAAGAUGUACGAAUUUUUACAUUAAAGCCCCUAAGAAAAGAACUGACCACUUCAUCGGGACUGACAAAAUUUGAGGUUCAGUUAGUGGCUCAGUUUGAUAAUCAUAACUCCCAAGUUUGGCGUGUAAGCUGGAACAUUACAGGCACAGUACUUGCAUCUUCGGGAGAUGAUGGGUGUGUAAGGCUUUGGAAAGCUAACUACAUGGACAAUUGGAAGUGCACUGGAAUUCUGAAAGGUAAUGGGAGUCCAGUCAAUGCUAGCUCCUCUCAGCAGGGAGCUUUUAAUGCUCCCUUUGGCACAUCCAAUACAAGCCUCCAGAAUUCAGUCAAUGGAACAUCUGCUGGCAGGUAUUUCUUUCCCCCUCUGGAUUCCCCACGGGCUGGAUCAAGGUGGUCCAGUUAUGCCCAGCUCCUACCUCCUCCUCCUCCUCCUCCUCUGAUAGAACGCUCUUGCGAUGCUGACACGGCCAAUCUCCAGUAUCCUCACCGUCGCACACGAUAUAUCUCUCGACCUCUUAAAUUCUUACGUGAACAUGAGGGGGUUGAGAGCAGUAUUAUGGAAGACUUUAAAGGCAUUGCGGAUGAGACAUUACCAAGUAUUUUGGACCACUCGCUGACUAUUCACACCAGUGAAAUUCUGGAUAAUAUAACAAUGUCAUCAAAUCUUGGUUUACCAGUUGCUGCUUCAACUGAAGCCAGGCAGAAAACUGACCCUCAUGGCAGACUUUGUGACCAGGCCUCUUUUAUGGAAAGGGAAUUUUCUGCUCCAUUAGCAUCAUCAUGUAGUGGUGAAUCUGAUUCUUAUCCAAGAAGAAAGCUUAGCCUUCAAGAUACUGUAGAAAACUGUAAUAAAACAACAGAAACUUUAUUGGAGGUAGACCAGAAUGAAUCUGAUUUACAAAGAAGGCAAAACCAAAAUUGUACUGAAGAAUGUGUUGAUAUUCAUAAAGAUAUUGCGCAUGAGAAUCUUUCACUGAAAUGUUUGGAAGAUUUGAGAACUACAAUAUUUGCUUCAUUGAAAAAAGGGAGUGAAAACAAUAAGGUAUCUUCAUCAGAACCUGGUCAGAAACGGAUAACAAGUAACACAGAUGUCAAUGGUGUCACUGCCUUUUCCAGAUUCAUAGAAAAUGAAAAACUGUUGAGUUAUGCAAGUCUAGAAGAACAUUCUACAGAUGAUGACCUUGGAGAUGAGGAAUUCUGUGAUGAUCAGUUGGAGGCCUAUUUUGAACAGCUUGCACUGCCAGAAAUAGAAGAUACAGAAGAACAUGAACUUGGUGAUUACAUGAAAGCCGUAGAAUUGCCUCCAGAUCAGGAACAUUUCCAAACACCUACUGUCUGCCAGGCAGCAACAAGAACCGAUUCAUAUGAUACUGGUAGUGAACAAUUGUAUGAUAUUAAGGAAACCAGGCAUUGUGUGAAAGAUGAGCAAUUUGUGCUAACAGUUUCAGCAGGAGAAGAGCAGGAAGAUAGAUCCAGUGACUGCUGUAAUAAGUGUCCUGUUGGAAUAACAGGCAAUGUAUCUGGCAUGUUCAUUAGGACAGACAAAUCACACAUUUGUCAAGAUGUAAAAGACCAUUUGGACGAAUAUGGAGAGGAUGAAAUACCUAUUAAAACUAAUCAAAUGAUAAAUACCAAAAAUGCAAACAGAGAUUAUACUGAGAGUCAGCCUCCAUGUAUCACUGCUGAAAACACUUGUAAUAAGGAUGCCACAGACGUAACCAAUUCUGAACUAAAACUAGAUUCAGUAUACUUUCAAUGUGUUGAAAAUACGAUUACUUCAGAGAUCUGGAACAAAGAACAGCAAACUCCCUUUUCUCCUCUCUGUCAAGAAGCUAGUGAAAGUUAUGUUCCUCUGGCUGAGGUAUACUUGUCACCAAGUGCAUAUACAGGAACUGAGCACGAUGAGUGCACUUCAGAAGAUGAUCCACCACAUGAUGUGGUAUAUCAGGAUGAAGAGGGAAGAUGGGUGACAGAUCUUGCGUACUACACCUCAUUUGAUAAAGAACAAACAGUAAAUGUUCCAAACGUUAGUGGAGACUUCGUAGCUGGGUCUGAAGCAGUUGCUAUGAUUGCCCAAGAUCAAGAAGACUUUGAGAAGGAGCACAGGUUUAUGCAGGAAGAAAAAAUGGAUCCACAAAAUACCUCUGUAUUUGGGGAUUCAUCAUGGAGAUCAUUUCAUAAUUUCAAUCCCUCAAGGGCUUCAGAAAUUAAUCUUACCAAAAAUGCCAGUUAUUUUCGGAUCUCUCUUGGAGAGUUUUUUGGUCAGAGAUCUGAAGCUCUUGGUUGCCUUGGAGGAGGGGGUGAUGUGAAACGGCCCUCUUUUGGUUAUGAUAUUACAUCUCCAGAGAAGAGGCAGCCUGUACCUUUGUUGAAUCAAUCUAUUAUAUCGAGCGUAAAUAUUGAUGAACAGACUUUGCAGAUAUCGGAUAGUCUUCAAGGGGAUGUAGGAAAUAAUUUUAAAGAAGAAUCGCAUAUAGCAUCUGCUACAUUCAAUCUUGGUGAAGUGGGCUCACCAAUGGAAGACAAUAUGAGUGAGAAACUUGAAGCAAGUAAAAUUCAGCAUGGGCACCAUAAUGGAGAGGCCUCUAUCCUAAGUAUAAGUACAAUUGCAUCUGCCAUUGCAGAUGCUUCUGUUAGUACUGAACCUUCACAGCUAGCUGCUUUAAUGAUGAAACUCUCAAGUAAAAAUCGGAAAGAAGCUAAUAUUCCAGAAGUUACCAAGCUCAAAGAUUUUUCUGCCAUUAGGAAACUAUUAUCCACCAGUGCAGCAAAUAGCAAGCCUGAAAAUAUGAUUGAACAUGAAGAAAUUUCCUCAGAUGAGCAUAAAUCGGACAGACAAGAACGUGAAACUGCGAGUUCUGGAGAGCCGUCCAAAAAUAAUUUCUGUUUUCAGUCUGGAAAAGAGAGGCAGCAUCUGGAGAAAAUGAAGGAGGAAAGCUCUAUCAAAGAUUUACAUUGUGAUGCUAGUUCUUCUGAGUGGAAAGAAGAAAUGAAAAAUACAGAAAAAGCGUCUAAUAUUGGUGAAUGUUUUCAGACUGAGAAAGUAUCUUCUGUAACAUUCUUGAAAGAAAGCUUAUCUAAAAGUAUUGAGACACCUUCGGAAGACUAUGUAACAAAACUUCCCGGUGACACUGUUGUAGUUAAACAGAAGCUCGCAACUCCUGUCACCGAUGCGGAGGCGUCAGAAAAUGAACAGUACAGUUUCAGGCCUUCAACCUCUCCUCUUAUUCAUUCAUCUCCAAGUGAUACUUCUUCAACUGCUUCUUCAAGAUCUGAUUGUCCUCAUGCAGCCCCUAAUUUUAAGGAAUCAUCUUGUAAUGAUACUACCUUACCUCAGUUGGGGUACACUGAUCCCAGCUUCCAACAAUUGACUUUUAUUUCUGCCACAGAGAAUACUCUAAAUAAUGUAGCAUUGUCUACUCCAGAGACAAGUCAAACUAAUCGUCCCAUUGAGUUGAGCACAACAAUAGUUUGGACCAGCCCAACUUCAUCAUUGGAACUAGAAAGUGGGAAAAAACGUGAUUUACAAAAUAAGAUCCAUCAGCCAAGAAAGCAUCCUAAGAAGCUAGAAGUAGAUGAGUCUGUUGAACCAAUCUGUCUACGUGAAAACCAGAAAUCAACUGGAGAGCUUCCUCCUAAAAGUGAAGAUGAGUCUACACAGAAUCAUCCAAAUAACAAUGAAUUGACUUGUGUUGAUGUACCUGCAACAGAGCAUGACAGUAAAAACACGACUCAGAAACUAGGCCUAUCAUUGCUUAAAAAUGUGCCUGCUUUUGAUGCUUUAGAUGGCUGUAGAACAAAUUUCAAAAAUAGUGGUGUUGCUUCAGACUAUCCACCAACAUAUUCUGGAAUUCCAACCUUGCUUACAGGCUGUUCCCUUACAAGAACUCCAUUUGCCCAACACUAUCUAGAAAGCUUGCAGUCUCAGACAAAUGUUGCUUUGCCUCAGUAUCAUGUUGGUUGUCCUCCAGUUUUUGGUGUUCCAGCAGGACUUAUUUAUUCUGCCAUUCCUUUGGAUCAUGUUCAGAACUCAUUGACCGCUGGAUUGGCAUUACAUACAGAUAUGACAUCCAGAGUAUUAGGUACAACUCCACAUUAUAACUUCCCAUCAAACCAGAAUAGACUCAGUCCAUCUAAAACAGGGCAAAUAGUGGAAAGGAAGGAAUCCAUGCCACUUGGCUUUGUACGUGUGAAAGUUCCUGCAGAAGUAAAGUUCCCUUAUUCAUGCUGUGUAGGACUGACUUCACACACAGUUCUUAGUAUUCUUAACCCAUCGGAACGGUGGCUACAAGUCAGCAUCAACCUUCUUAGUAUUAUGUUUAAUGGGGAAAAGAUGGACCCUCAGAAUAACAGAUGUCUGCUGUUUAAGAACAAAACUGUCAUAGGACCCUGUACUUCAGAAGACCUAAAAAUGCUAUUUUUACCUUGUAAGGCAGGAGUCUUCCAAUGUGUACUUAGUGUUGCCUCUUGGCCAUUUUCUGCAGAUGCAGAUAUAGUUGUACAGGCAGAGGUCCUAUCUAGCAGGGUAACCGUGAAUGCAGUUGCUGAAAAUCCUGACAUAGAGGUGGAAGCAGGAAAGACAAAUCAUCUUGACUUUGGUGAUUUGCCAUCAGGCAGCUGGAAAGCUCUUCCGCUGAAACUGACUAACAAGACUUGUGCUAGAGUGCCAGUCAGACUUGUUAUUCAUGCUAAUGCUAUAGCAUGGCGCUGUUUCACAUUCUCCAAGGAACCAGUUAACUCUACUCUUAGAAGUGCAGAUCAUACUUACAACAUUUCCCAGUUAGCAGCACCUUCAGUGAUAUCUCAUAUAAUGAAUGCAAGCUGUGAUCAGCACGAUCCUGAAGUUCUAGUGGUUUGGGUCCAGUUCCAAGCACCAUGCAAAUCCGUGUCUUCAGAUUGUUUAGGUCCAGCAGAUGAGUACUUUGCAAGAAUUGAUGUGGAGCUGGAUUGUCCAGAGCCUGCUAAUGUCCUAAGAAGUGUUCCUCUAAGUGCAAGAUGUGGAACCCCUCGGAUAUUUGCUCCAAGGGGUCUGCAGACUUUAUACAUGUCUACAGAGAUUGGAUUGUCAACAAGACGGCAAUUGCCAUUAAGGAAUGUGGGGAAUAUUAAAGUUGACUUGAAGAUCAAAACUGUACGACCAGAUAGCUACAUUUCUGUUAAACCAGAGAAUCUGGUCCUUAUACCUAGGGAAGAAAAAGAAUUGACAGUUGAGUUUUCUCCAAAGGACUACAAAGAUGCAGAAAGUGUUGUGGAAAUAUUGGUGUUGCCAUCUGGGCCAGAGUAUAAAGUGACAGUAAAAGGUGAAGUGACCAUGCCAGAGAGAAAGGCUUUGGUGCAGAAAUGCCCCACUACAGAAGUGCCCCCCAUUCUCGCCAACAAACAGCUUCUCGCGUGGGGAGGUGUCCAUCUUGGAAGAACAGUUCAACAGAAAUUGAUUCUAAGAAAUGACUCUUCAUCUACUACUCAGCAGUUACAGUUGCUGAUAAGGGGUCAAGAUCAAGACUGUUUUCAUUUGAAACUUGAAGAACGUGCGUAUAAUAAUUGCGAAAUCAAGAUACGCCCAAAACAUGAUUAUACUGUCUGUCUAAUGUUUACACCAUCUCGAUUAGCGUGCAUGUGUGCAAAGCUUGAAAUGAAACAACCUGGCCUUCCAUUUCAUCCAGGAAUCAAAUUUACUAUACCACUGUAUGGAUAUGGAGGAAAAAGCAAUGUGAGGUUCGAAGAUGUUAAAAAAUACGGUAACAGAUACAUAGUGGAGCUACAUGAACUGUCACCUGGUAAACCAUGCCAAACUUCUUUCACUAUACAAAACACAGGGCAUCGUUCUGCCUAUGUGAAAGGAGUGUGUUUUAAGAACUUCUGUGAGAGAAAUGCUAUGGAUCCAAAAGUCAUGAACAUUUUUCCAGACAAGUUUAUCCUGAAGGAAGGAUUGCAACAGAAAGUUACAGUAACCUACACUUCUCCCGAAGAACACAAUGUAUCAUCUGUAUUGGCUAAAAUUUGUGUUUUCUAUGGGGAUGAAAUUGCAAGACAGCAGUACUUCAGUUCUAUGCAGCGUGGUGUAGCAGACGUGCAAAAAAUACUUCCUGCUAAUAAUCCAGUCAUAAAUGUGAAGUUUGAUGAGGAAUUCCCUGGGCAAGAGCUGGUGACAGAAGUGUAUGAUCUUCCACAACAUUCAAAUGACCUUCAGAAUUUUUUCACAAAUAUGCGACGGCUUACUCUUUUUGUUGUUAAUUCCUCUAAGAGUAAAGCUUGUGAUGUCAACCCAUCUUCAGCACAUCCUGCAACACUGGAAAGACUUGAUACUCCUGAAAAAAAUAGUAUGACUUUGGAUGUACUGCCUGUUAAAGGACCUCAUGGUUGUCCAUUGUCUUCGACUGCCCAUAAUCUAACUGACAAUCAACUUGUUUCUCAGAACACUUGGACUCUUCAGACUGAAUUUCUAAUUCUCACAGCUCCUUCUCAGAAUGGAACAACAGUCACUAAAUAUGCACAAAUAAUUAACAACUCAAGCAGAUCAUUGAAAUUUGAGCUGUCAUGGCCUGCUCACUGCCUUACUGUAACACCUCAACAUGGAACUAUUGAACCAAAAAGCAGCAUUUCAAUUCAUGUGAGUCCAAACCCUUCACUCGCAGAAAAUAAAUCCUUAUUCCCAUGGAGUGGUCUUGUUUAUAUACAUUGCGAUGGUGAACAAAAGCUUCUUAGAGUACAGAUUCGGGAAGAUACUUCAGAAAAGCCACCUGAGAAGGCCUCAUCUGUUGCCAGAGUUGGCGUUCAGCAACUGGCUGAGCUUCCUGUUAUUCACAUACAGCCUCUUCAGAAACCACAAUCAACAAAACUUGAAGUAAAGAAUCGGUCUCUGUGUUUUCCUGAGACAUGGUGUGGUGAAACUGCAGAGAAAUACCUCGAAAUUGAAAAUAAUGGAGAUGAAAAUGUAAAAUGGUUUUUAGCAUCUUUUGCACCACCUUAUGUCAAGGGUGUAGAUGAAAGUGGAGAAGUAUUCAGAGCUACAUAUACUGCUUUCCGAUGCUCAUCUCUUUCUGGUUCUAUUGAAGCCCACGGAAAAGAAAAAGUUGUAGUCACCUUUUUGCCUAGAGAUAGAGGACAGUAUUCUCAGUUCUGGGAGCUUGAGUGUCACCCUUUUCACAAACCUCACAUGAAAGACAAGCAUAGGCUUCAGUUUUGUGGAAUGGGUAUCUUGCUGAAUGAUGGCUUAGAAAAUGACAUUUCUCCACCUGCUUUAGUAAAAAUCAAUUUUCGGGAUGUGUCUCAAAGAAUAGAUAGCCCUGACAACGUUGACCAAAAAAUCUGGAAAGGUGUAUAUGCCCAAGAAAAUGUUUAUACAUUCCCCCCAACAAGGAUUGGUGAGUCGAGCACACUGAAAGUCAGCUUGCGAAAUUAUUCUCCCUCUUCAAACAAGCUCAAGUUCAGAAAUCUCAAAGAGCCUUUCCACAUCAAGCAUUCCCACUAUAAUUUGAGAUCUUACCACUAUUGCAAUUUACCAGUCCAUUUCAAACCAGCAUCACCAGGUAGUUUUAAAGGCUCGCUGGUGGUAGAGACAGAAAAAAGCGGUAUCAUUACCAUCCAGCUUAUUGGCGUGGGUUUGGGCGAACAGUAGUUAAAAACUGCUGUUAAUACGGUGUGCAAAAUUUGAAACUAAAUUAUUGAAUGAUAACUUGUUUAUUAUACUAAAAUGUAUAUUUUGUAAAAAGAAACCCUGGGCUAUUUGUAUUCUUUAAUAAAGUUAUUUUGUAGGUUAUCAUGCUUUGUAUACUAUUGCACUUUGGCUGUUGGAAGCAACAGUUUGUCCUAUUUUUAAUGAAUUAUGACUUCACAAGUUACAAUUUUUAUUAAAAUAUGAAUUACAAAGUAAUACAAAUUGUCCAUAAAAUUCUUUCCUUUUAACAG